ACUGUCAGUCGUCAGCGGAGUUGUUCCGGGCUAGUCCCGACCCAGGACACAAGGAACUUCCCAAUUGCCAAUUUCCGGGCAUCAAAGAGGCUAGUUCUGUUUGCGAGCUUGGAGGAAUGUCUGAGGCCGCGCGAACGCUUCAGCUCAUAAACCACAGGCAGCCGAAGCCAGCCCAGCCUUGCUGCGCGGGCAAGCAGGUCUCCCACCCCGCUUCCGGUCCUGAGGCUACGCUGGUACACAUGCGCACAUGUUCCGACACGUUCCCCUUAGGAAGUGAGGCCUGAGAGGCGGAGCCGUGUUGAGGUGCCUGGGCGAUGAGGUCAUUCUUCAGAUGUAGCGUUGUGUCCCCGCCCCUCCACGCUCUUUCACCCAAUGACACAAGAGCCAGGUUCCUGCUGUCUUCGUUUCAGUCCUAACGGUAGCAGCGCGGCGCUGGUUUCGGCGCAAGCGCACACAGACACGCGCACACGCACGCAGCGCCCGGGGCGGUGGUUGGAGGCUCCGGACGCAGUGGACUUGGGGAUCGGGCGGGCGCGACGAUGGGCGAGGCCGACACUCCUUCCUUCGAGAUGACCUGGAGCAGCACGACUAGCAGUGGCUAUUGCAGCCAGGAGGACUCGGACUCCGAGCUCGAGCAGUACUUCACGGCGCGUACCUCGCUGGUCCGCAGGCCGCGGCGGGACCAGGAUGAGCCUGUAGAAUGGGAGACACCUGAUCUUUCUCAGGCUGAAAUUGAGCAGAGGAUCAAGGAGUACAAUGGCCAGAUCAACAGCAACCUCUUCAUGAGCCUGAACAAGGAUGGAUCCUACACAGGCUUCAUUAAGGUUCAGCUGAAACUGGUGCGCCCUGUCUCAGUACCUUCUAGCAAGAAACCACCUUCUUUACAGGAUACCCGGCGGGGCCCAGGGCGCAACACAGCUGUGAGGCGCCGCACUUCCUUUUACCUGCCUAAGGAUGCUAUCAAGCAUCUGCAUGUUCUGUCACGCACACGGGCACGUGAGGUCAUUGAAGCCCUGUUGCGCAAAUUCUUGGUGGUGGAUGAUCCCCGUAAAUUUGCACUCUAUGAACAAGCUGAACGGCAUGGCCAAGUGUACUUCCGGAAACUGUCAGAUGAUGAGCAGCCCCUGAAGCUACGGCUUCUUGCAGGGCCCAGUGAGAAGGCCUUGAGCUUUGUCCUGAAAGAGAAUGAUUCUGGGGAAGUGAAUUGGGAUGCCUUCAGCAUGCCUGAACUACAUAACUUCCUGCGAAUCCUGCAACGGGAAGAAGAAGAACACCUCCGCCAGAUCCUGCAGAAGUACUCUCAUUGCCGCCAGAAGAUCCAGGAGGCCCUGCACGCCUGUCCCUUGGGGUGACCUUUUGUACUCUUGGGUGGCAGGAGGAAAAUAGGCAGUGCCAAGAGUGUGCCGUGUGAGUGUGACAGGGCGCAUGGGGCCUAAGGAAUGAGUGUGCAUGGAGGCCCUCCUCUGUUGGGGUGAAUGAGCCCAGAGAACAGCGAAGGAGCUAGCCGUCUACCAGUGGGUAUAUCAGGGCAUGCCUCUGUAUCUCUCUGCCCUUCACAUACUGGGUCAUACUCUCCAGGCUUACAGCAGGGGUAGGGCAGAAGUCUCCUUAAUUUGUGUCUCAGCUGUGAGAAUCUUGGACAACCAACACAGCAAGGUUAUGUUUGUAGGGAUGAGAGUACUUAUCUAUAGAGAGAUUAUUUGGGGUCUUGGAUGAAGUCUCAGGAUAGCUCUAUCAGAGCCAAGAGUGACUGACUGCUCAUAAUAAAGCAGGCAGUGAGGUAGAGUCUGGGUUUCCCUCUAUAGUGCCUUCUGACUUAUAUACACAUACCCUGAGGUCAGGGAGGGCUGGCAGUGAAGCAACAGUGCCUCAGCUCCUCUUAUGGAGGAUAUUGCUGGAUCAGACCCAUUGUUUGCCAAAGCUCAGAUAUUUUUGAUGGAAGUGUAUGAAUGUAUGUAAUGUUUUGUGGCCUCAACUGAAUGCCUCCUGUGGGGAAAGGGAUGGGGGUUACUGUCAUCAUCAGGGCCUGAGGCCUGAGAGAAUUGGCUGAAUAAAGAUUUAAGAAUCUUA